CUGUUUCACUUUGUACCUGUUAAAACUUUUUCGUAUUCUUAUUUGAUUGGUUGUUUUAAUAAAGUUAUAUGACUUAAUUCCCAGAUUGAGUUACAAUAUUGAGCCUAGAGGUCACAGAAGUAUAGGGUUCUAUAGCCAGAUUUGUCUCUGAUAGGAUUAGACACAGUCUUCCAGACAGCCUCAAGUGGAAGUUGGCAUUUUUCUCAGUUAUGGUGCCUAGCCACCCAGUGGAAUCUACAAACCCUGAGUUAGGCAUCUACGUCCCUAUACAGUGCAUGGGGGAGAGAGAGGCAUCUAAGAAUGAAAGCCACCUAAGCUUGCCAAUAGUGAAUGCUGACGGAAGGGUUAUCACCUAAGUCUGAGAGUUAAGUGCCUAAGUCUAGAGGUUGAAGGGAGGCACCCUGUCUCAGCUUGGGGUCCACAUUCAGGAAUCCUCUCCUGGAGUUAGUCGCCUACACUGUUUUCUCACAAGAACAGUGGUGACACGUACCUAACACUAUGCAAAAUAGUCCCUUUUCUAGAAACACUGUGUCUUUUUUGCCUGGGUUCAGUUUCAUCCAGGUGCAGACUGUCUAGAGAUAUUUAAUUUUUGGAGGAGAAGAAACAAACUAGCUGUUAAACUUUCUCAAGAUAUACGUGUAGUUCUGAGUUACUACAUGGAUCUUAUAUCAUCUCCUGCUUAAUCGAUGGUUCAACACUAACAGCAACAAAAGUAAUUAAUGUGUCAUUGAAGAAAGUGGUAGUGUGGUUAACUACAAAGACCAGAGGGACUUCUGAAAUGCCGGGAAAAAAUAAUCUAAUUAUUCAUCAGGUGCUUGUUGUCACCAGGACUAUGAGGAAUCUCACUGAGUAGCACUUGCUUGCUCUGAAUCUCUGCCUUCCAUGUUGCUAGUUUACACCUGUGCAAAGUGGAAGCACUUUUACACUUGUUUUAUACAAGUGUCAAAGACUACACAUUGUGCAAGGCAGUGGAGACUCAAGUCCUCUGUCUGGAUUCCAGCUCAAACAGUAGCACUUGGUGCUUUGUCUAGAUGAAUGGAUACUGCUUCUUUGAGCAAAAUGGAACCCUGGAGAGAAAGAGAGAGAGAGGUGCAUUGCUGCAGACCCUCUCCUUCAGUAACAGUGUUUUUCUUGAAGGAGUCUAGUUAGUGAAUAGGUGCUUGUGGAAUUCCUUUUCUUCUCUUUUUCAUACCCACUGUUAGAGGGAUUUCCCUUCACUCUCUCACUUCCCUAGUUCUUGUCAUGCAGCUCUGACACCGCAGAGCGUUUACCCAGUGUCCCCCUUAGCAAACAUGUUUUCAAUUUCCCUUCCCCCCACUUCUUGUUUGACUCUAGUUUAUAUAGUAAUAUUCUCAGCUAUACCUUAACCAAUCAUUUUACUGAAAUUUAACUAAUCAAUCCUAACAUAUUGUAACAUAAUUCUCUAACCAAUUAUAUCCCGCUAUCCUAAUUAACUUACACCUAGCAAAAUUAAUUAUAGAGCGGAUAGAAACAAUUAGAGAACCAGACAGAUUAACAAUAGAAAAAUGGGGGCCAUAAACAAAAAAUAGUACAGAAAUUAACAUUUCAUAACCAAUGAUAAGUGAUUUCUUGCCAGACAGGAUGCUAUCAAAUUAAGUUUUCCUUAACCAUCUUUAUCUGGUGGUGAUAGGCACUAUCAGGACCCGAUUGUAUUCCUAACAGCCCAAUACCACCUUAUUUUAAUGUGAUUGGUUUGGAAUCUGAGGAUGUGACUGUACGCUUCCCAGCUUAUGACUUCCCCAGCUGCUUAGCCAAAGGCCUUAGCCUAAGAAGAAGGCUUCAGACUAUGCUAAUGAGAGAAGGCCCAUACACAGGCGGACUGUGAUAUUGAUGCUUUGUUUUUAUACCAUUGUAACUAGCUAAAUGAUAAAAAUGCACCAAAGUUCUUGAAGUAUAAGCCUUUACAGGCAGGCCUGAAUAUCUAUAUUCUAGCAGCCACCCUGCUCCAGCAGCCUCCCUUUACCUGGGGAACCCCAGUGCCAAGAUACCAAGAUUAUGUAAUGCUCUUUACUAUUAUGAUUUUGGAUACCAUGAGGAUAAGGGACAUAUAAAUACUGGAAUAAAGUCGCUAUUACAAUUUACAUCACAAGUCCAAAGUUCAUAAAGUGGCUUAUGUGAUAGAAAGAUUAGUAUCAGUACUAUUACAAAUUGUGAAGUGUUUAUGCAUGCCUGGUUCAUUCACAGUAGUGGAAUUCUAUUUGCUGAAACUUUUUUGUUAUAUUAAUUCUGUUGAAAGAAUUCCUUUUUUUUUUUUGUACAAAACAUGAUAUUUACCUCCCUUUAAAGUUACAGUGGAUGUAAUUAAAGUUUCCAUUGUCUUUCACUGAAAGGUAAGUUAUUGCCUGUUUGAUUAUGUAUUCCCUAUACUUAUGAGAGGGACUACCAUUAAAUCCAGUAAUAUUUUAUCUAACAGUAGAAAGGUUUUACAAAUUUCCUGCAGCUCUCCACCCUUUUUACUAGAAUGGAUUCUUUAUCUGUGGAUUCAAUCAGGCAGGAAUUUCCUCCUUCAUUGUAUAUCAUUUCUUAGUAUUUCUUCACACAAUGCACAGUCAACCUACGGAACUCCUUGCCAGAGGAUGUUGUGAAGGCCAAGACCGUAACAUGGUUCAAAAAAGAAAUUAGAUAAAUUCAUGGAGGAUAGGUCCAUUAAUAGCUAUUAGCCACGAUGGGUGGGAAUGGUGUCCCUAGCCUCUGUUUGCCAGGGGGGUGGAUCACUUGAUUACCUGUUCUGUUCAUUCCCUCUGGCCACUGUCGGAACACAGAGUACUGGGCUAGAUGGACUUUUGGUCUGACCCAGUAGGGCCAUUCUUAUGUUCUUAUCUGAAAAAAACAGAAGCAUAGAAAUAUAGGUCUGGAAGGGACCUUGAGAGGUCAACUAGUCCAUCCUCCUAUGCUGAAGCAGGGCCAAAUAUAAAUGGGGUUUUUCCCAUUUUAUUCAUACUUCAAACAUUUCUACUCAUUUCCUAGUCUCUCCUCCUCAUUAGCAAUUUUAUUGAAAUUUGGUCACAGGAGCAGCAGGAUGAUACAGAUGUCUGGAUUUUUUUUCUUCCUUCUUUUUCAUGCUAGCUGGCUGUAUUAUAACUUAGGCUGACCCUUUGCUGCCAGAUAGCCAGCUAACACUGCGUCAGUCAUGUCAGUCUGUGCCUUAAACAUAAUUGAAAAGCCCUCUUCAUACUUAAAUCGAUUAAGCUAAGAAGAUUGAAAAAAUUGUACCCUUUCCCUUUCUAUACAUAGUCUGAAGGUAUUCUUGGCUAAUUACCUAUAAAUAGAAAACCAUAAAUGUGAGUUUUGUGUAACAGGGCUUUUUCUGUUUUCAAAGCAUGAAACAAAUGUCUUAUUUUGCAGACACACUUGUAAACAGAGCCAUGGAACUACCAAAUAAAGCUGCUGAAUUUCCAAAUUCCGCUUACCCUCCAGGUUAUGCAGGAAAUCAAGUUCCUUAUGGAUAUCCUCAGUAUCCUUUCCAAAAUGCUCCAGGACAAGCUAAUAAUGCCUUCCAGGGUUACCCAGCAGGAGCUCCAUAUGGACCUGGGGGCCUUCCAGUCCAAAAUCAGCCUUCUGGGCCCAGUGGGGCAGCUUGGAUGCCAGCACCUCCUCCCCCUCUCAACUGUCCACCUGGAUUAGAAUACCUAAGUCAGAUUGAUCAGAUAUUAGUUCAUCAGCAAAUUGAGCUUCUGGAAGUUCUUACCGGUUUUGAAACUAACAAUAAAUAUGAAAUCAAAAACAGUUUGGGCCAAAGAGUAUAUUUUGCAGCGGAGGAAAAUGAUUGUUGUACUCGAAAUUGUUGUGGACCAUCACGACCUUUCACCAUGAAGAUCAUUGACAAUAUGGGUCAAGAAGUGAUAGCAUUGCAGAGACCUCUCAGAUGCUCUGCAUGCUGUUGUCCUUGCUGCUUGCAAGAGCUUGAAGUUCAGGCACCUCCAGGUACACCAGUUGGCUACAUAAAACAAAACUGGCACCCCUGUCUGCCUAAAUUUACUGUUCAAAAUGAAGCAAAAAUAGAUGUAUUUAAAAUCAUUGGCCCAUGUGUUGUAUGCAGCUGUUAUGCGGAUAUUAAUUUUGAGGUGAAGACGAUGGAUGAAAGUUCUGUAGUCGGAAGAAUUUCUAAGCAGUGGUCUGGAUUUGUAAGAGAGGCAUUUACAGAUGCUGAUAAUUUUGGAAUCCAGUUUCCACUGGAUCUUGAUGUUAAGAUGAAAGCUGUUAUGAUUGGUGCUUGCUUCCUCAUCGAUUUCAUGUUUUUUGAACAAACUGGGAACAAGCAGCAGCGAGCAGGAGUAUGGCAGUAGAAUCUACUGUUGGACUUAAAACAUGCUUACAGAGAAAAGUUUCACAUUGCUUUGUGCUCUUUUUCUAAAAUACAUUACAAAAGUCCAGUAUAUAUAGAACAUCUCUGGAUCUUUUGCUUAUUGCUAGUUUCUUUUGUAACUUAGGGUUUAUUGUUUUGAAAUUGCAAAUGCAAUUCAAUACCUCUGAUAUUAAUAUAGAUUAAAUCUGUAUAAAUAAUGUGAAAUGUUUGUGAAUCUUCCAUGACUGGAAUUUAAACUGCAAAAUAAUUUCUUUAUCCUUGUGAGCACUUCAUAGAAGAUCUUUUAUAGUACAGAAACAUUGGGAGUAAUUCUCUGUCACUUGCACAAAACUACAGUUGAUCCUACAAGAAGAGCAGAAUUUUUAAUAUUCAACGUUGGCAAUGUUUUGAAAUAUAAUAUAUAUAUAUAAUUCAGUUCUCUGUAAUAUCUAUAUAUUGUAUAUUAAACACUAAUCCUAUAUUUUGUUUAAUUAUGAUAAAAUAGAUAUCAGCAUUCAUAUUUUGAUGUUUUGUAAUCUAUGAUUGAUAUAUAUAAAAGAACAUUAUAUGAGAGCAGAGGUAUAAAUGAAAGGUUGAUUUCUUCCACUGUGUUCAUCUGCAUCGCACAAUUCAGAUGUAAAGUUGCCCAACAGAAGCAGAGUGCCUCACUGUAAUUUAACUGUGUGCUGACUGUCUAGUGUCAUUGUGAUACUGGCAAAAGUGAUUCCGAAAGACAUUGUAUACAGCUGGAAGUCUUUCAAAAUUAACAGUUUACCCAAGCAAGAUUAAAGCAGAUACAACCCCUAUUUUAAAAAUACCAUUUUCCCACUUACCUAGAACAUGAGGGAGAUUUUGGCGUUCUGGGUUAAAAUUUGUUACAGUUGUUGAUCGACCACUUUUUAACUAUUUUAAAAGCUGGAUCAUAUAGUGGCCUUUAAACUCAUCUUAUUUUGAUGAACUUUUGAUUCUUUGUAGUAUGAUGGAAACAUACAUGUAUGGCAGUUUGUACCUUUAGAGAGAAUCACUUGCACAAUAACUACAGUUGAUCCUAGGACCAAGGCAGAUAGAUAAAUAUAUUUAGAGAGAAAAGAAAAAAGUAGGGGGGAAAAAAAAUCUGUCAGGAACAGUAUUUGGUCCUGCUAGUGAAAGCAGGGGGCUGGACUCGAUGACCUUUCAAAGUCCCUUCCAGUUCUGCGAGAUAGGUAUACCUCCAUAUAUUUAGGAACAAUUAAUGAUUUCUCUCUCUUCUUGCUCUGGUAAUAUCCUUAUUCCUCUUCCCUGCCACUGAUCGAGGCAGUAGCUAUCAGAUGUAUUUAAGAAGACUUAGUAAGUUAAUUUAUUUGUAAACCCAGCAAAUUGGUUAUGGAAAUAGGGAGAGACAGACAUAAGAGUCCAUGAUGCUAUUUUUAUAUAAACAGUUUUCAACAGUUUUGUCUCCUCUUCUUGAUUAUGAUUUAGAAGCAUUUUUAUUUUAACUGGGUAAGCAUUUGUCAGUUCCCAGCCCCGGUUCUCACAAGCACACACUUGCGUCUCAGUCCCAAAUGUUUAUAACAUGCUAAGGGUGGCAUUUUUGUGUAAGUUCCUCUUUCUAUCUGAUACUAGUGACAAGCCUAUUCUAAUUACUUGUUCACUUUUCUCAAACCACAUUCCUUUUGUUUAGUUAUCCAAUCUUUUUAAAUGUGCCAGUGACUUUGCUGAAAUAAUAAAAGGCAGAUGAGCCAAAGAACUCUG